AUGGAUGCCGCAAUAAAUGAAGUAGACAGGGCACUUUGCGCAACUUGUUAUGAUUCACUCCGUAAUUUCUUCGAAAAUUACGAGAUACCAAUUAGGGAACCAUUAAAGCAACUCAUGGAAAAAAACGUUUCAUGCCCGAUGUUUGUUACAUGGUUUAAGGUAAAUCCCAAUGGAACUGAGCAAUUACGAGGAUGUCUUGGAACAUUGGAACCAGUUUCGAUAGUGCGAAUUGCCUAUUACGCAAGGGCAAGUGCUUUAGAUGACGAAAGGUUCGACCCCUUGGAGGAGGCAGAAAUACCUAAGCUAAAUUGUGCCCUAUCACUACUACAUUCGUUCGAGAAAGCCGCAGACCCAUAUGACUGGGUUGUAGGGAAACACGGGAUCAUGAUUACUUUUGAACACGAAGGAAAGGAAUACAACGCCACCUACCUCCCUGAAGUAGCUCAAGAAAACGGGUUGACAAAAGAAGCCACUCUCAACCAACUGAUACGCAAGGCUGGCUACAAGGGCAAAAUUACUGACGAAAUAAUGGACAAUAUGAAGGUAGGUGCUAUGUAG